UUGGAGCUGAACGUAAUCUUCAGGUCCGUAUUCAGCAAUUUAGCAACGGAAAGCAGUCACUGAGAAAUAUCACAGAGGACUUUUGCCACCUGGCCACCACAGCUACAACCUCCAUCUGCUUAAAAGAGAAGAAAAGAGUCCCGGAAACAUGAUUUGCUUGUGGUUCCUAUCUCUUCUUGCUUAUGGACUCACAAUACUGCAGGGAGUGAAUUGUUGGACAUACCAUUAUUCAGACACAAACAUGACCUACAGGGAAGCAGAGCUGUGGUGCAAAAAGAGGUAUACCAACAUGGUUGCCAUUCAGAAUAAGGAGGAAAUCAACUAUCUCAAUAACUUCUUACCCUUCAAUCCGGGUUACUACUGGAUUGGAAUCAGAAAAAUUAACGAGGUGUGGACCUGGGUUGGAACUAACAAAGAACUGACAGAAGAGGCAAAAAACUGGGCUUCAGGUGAGCCAAAUGGCAAAGGGAACAACGAGGACUGCGUUGAAAUCUACAUCAAAAGAGGGAAGGAUGAUGGCAAAUGGAAUGAUGAACAGUGUGAGAAAAAGAAGGUUGCCUUGUGCUACACAGCUUCUUGCAACCCGUCUCUCUGCAGUGGCCGUGGAGAAUGCAUAGAGACUAUUAACAAUCACACCUGCCGUUGUAACCCUGGAUUCUAUGGGCCUGAAUGCGAGUUUGUUGAGAGUUGUGAUCCACUGAAGAAACCUGAUCAUGGGAGCCUCAAGUGCAACCAUCCAUUGGAGAACUUCAGCUACAACUCGUCCUGCACAGUUCAGUGUGAGGAAGGCUAUGAACUGACUGCACUGGACUCUGUAUACUGUACCUCUUCUGGGGUCUGGUCUGCCCCUCUUGCAGCAUGCAAAGCUGUGACCUGUCCUGCCUUAGAAUUGCCUGCUCAUGGUGCUGUGAACUGCUCCCAUCCCUCUGUGGAGCUCACCUGGGGUACUACCUGCGAGUUCACCUGUGAGGAAGGAUUUGCCCUGACAGGACCAGCCACGCUGCAGUGUGGGUCUUCUGGGACCUGGGACAGGCAGCAGCCAUCUUGUGCAGCUGUGAGGUGCGAGGCUGUAACCUGGCCAGAAGAAGGCUUUGUGAUCUGUGACCAUGCUCCUGCAGAUCUUGCCUAUCGCUCGCUUUGUGAUUUCCACUGCAACGAGGGCUACGUUCUGGAUGGUCCAUCCAGCAUUGAGUGCACGGCACAGGGACAGUGGUCAGAGCCACUGCCAAAAUGCAAAGUUGUGCAGUGUGAACCACUGAACUCUCCUGAGAAAGGCUCUAUGGAUUGCUCACAUGGUGCUGGGAACUUCAUGUACAACACAACCUGCCACUUCACCUGUCUAGAAGGAUGGAUGCUCAAUGGUUCUCAUGUUCUUGAGUGCAGUCAUUCAGGAAACUGGAGUGCCCGUCUGCCCACAUGUGAAGCUUCUGAACAAGUCAGCUAUGUCUCUGUUGGCAUAGCAGCCACAAGUGCCUCUCUGUUGUCCACAGCAUCAUUCCUCCUUUGGCUUGCAAGACGUUUCCGAAGAAAAGUAAAGAAAUUUACACCUUCCAGCAGCUGCCAGAGCCUAACCACUGAAGGUAGUUUCCAAAGUGCUGGCCAGAAUGUCUAAUUCCAGGUGUUUCAGGAAUUGAAGCCAUCUUUACUUAUGUCUCAGAUUUCCGGAGAAUGAAACUGCAUGCAAAUCAGCAGCUGUCCAGAUGUUUUUACCUCUUGCUGACAAGAUGAUUGACCUUGUGUAUUGUUCAGAAAUUUUGAACUCAAGCUGUCUGGUAUUUCCACUGAAGACAAGCAGAGAGUAAAAUUCUGGCUUUCUGGCAAAAUACUGUCUACAUUCAGUCAUGUAGUUAUCAUAACUGGGAGCUUGCCAUCUCUUGUCCAGAUGGUGAGCAAAUAGUAAGCUGCUGCCUAAAGAGGAGGCUGGUUUCUCCUCUGGUCUACUCAAAGGUACCUAGGUGAGGUGAAGACAUGCAUUAUUUCACAUCACUUACUACACUGCUGGAGAUGUCUUCUCUGGAGACAUAUGGGUUAUACUUGCAGAAACAGAAUGAUCAGGAAGAAAAAGUAUUCACUGAAUAUUCAGCUUUGAAACCACUGAUCUGGUUUGUUGUUGAAGUCAGGUUUUUUUAAGAAGAUGUCCUAGUCAAAUAUGCCUGUAGUGAUACAGGCAAUUAUUUGGUUUUCUGCUGCAUGUCCCAGAAAGCUUAGGGACUUAAAACUUUUUU